AUGGAGACUCUGGGAGAGUUCAGUUGUCGGGACUGUAGAAUGGAUUUCCACUCCCUUGAACUUCUGGAGAAACACAAAGUUUUCUUUUGCAUCGGGAGCGACGUGGGGGACCCAGUAGCACUGAGGCGGGGGGUGCAGGAGCGCAGGGACCACAGGAGAGACGAUGGAAAAGGGGUCUAUCCCAAACAGGCAGGAACCCCUGACCUUGUAAGGUUGAGAGGACAGAGGGGUAUAAACCCACGAAAUCCUCACGGUGCGCAGCCAAUUGUGAAGAGAGAGGACAGGCAUCUGAUUGGUUUGACUGAGAGCUCGGCUUUGCAGAACCUCGCAGAAGAGGUGCCUGGCGACCAGCUGUCAGGGAGGCAGCAGGGUCACAGGGAGAAACUGAGGGAGAUGACGGCACAACAUGGCCGCCAGCUGGCUCAGAUCCAGGCCCAAACCCACCUGCUGGAGCAGCAGAAAGAGGAGAUUGCCCACCAGCUGGGGGUCCUGGCUGGACAGGGCAGCACUGCUCACCUGGAGACCCUGCUACUGGAGCUGAAGGAACAGGAGGAGAGGAACGAGGAGGCCCUGGGGGAACUCAGAGAGCACAUCACCUCCCUGCAAGCUCCGCAGGGCCCCGACGGCAAUGAUGAUGAAAGGAAGAGGCAUCAUGUCACCUUUGACCUCAUAUCCUCUGUCGAUGGACCCCUUCACACCCAAAUAAGAGCCCUGAGGCUGGCCUACAUGCAGUCUGGCGGUUCAGACCCGGCCGUUUUGGCCCAGAUACACGACCUGCAGGCCGAGGCCCACACUCUGGAGCAAGCCCAGCCCGUUGGCCACGACAGGACCAGGAGGAACAGGAUCAAGCCUUCACAGCGGGCUCGCAACCCCGAGGUGCUGGAGAUGGAACAGGAGAACCAACGGCUGGAGGAGGAGAUCCUCAGGAUCCAACUGGCCAAGGGGAAACACCGGGGAGAGGAAGGUUCUAUGGGGUCAGACCUCCACCACAUGCAGAGAGAGCACAUCCAUCACAUGGCGAGUAUUCAGGCUGAGAUCGAGAGCCUCCGCAGAGAUGUCCAAAAGGCCAGAGAGGACCCCCGCCAACGCAGGCAAGCCCCACCACCUCCACCCCCUCUCCCGUUCCUGUCCCAGCCAGCCAUGCAUCCCUUGGCCCAGAUGCACGCUUCUCCAGCCCUGCCCCAGCCCAGGCCACACUCCUCUCUUCUGGGAAGACGCAUAAUUGACUCCCUGGACUCUCUGGGGCCUGCUCCAUAUGACCCAGCGGCAGGCUUUGUGAUCUUUUUCGACCUAGUGCUGGGAGUGGACGCGACCCUCCAAGUGUUGCGUCUGGUGUCUGGUCUGUACUCUGGAGGGCAGGAGGUGGGCAGGCCUACUCCUCUGCCCCCGGUGCACUGCCAGCCUGGAGGGGCUCUACCCUACGCACACAGUUUACCCCCGGGAAACUACGCCCUCCUGUCAGUCAAACAGCCUGUGCCCAGGAUGCAGCCUUCCGGAUCAUUCUCUCUGGUGGUGGAGGUCCAGGCUGCGGGGGGCCUGGACGAGUGCGGACAGGAGAUCCAGAGACUGGCGUCAUGUGGAUGGGCCCGGCUCGAUCUCUUCGACCCUCACAACCAGGUCCGCAGUGGACACUGGAGGGCUCCAGUCCGCAGCCUCCCUGUCCGACCCGCCCUCAGCCCAGGCCAGCUCAACUCAAUCCCCCAGGUGGGCAGCAUGGAGCUGUGUGUGCGAGUGGUCAAUGCCCGCGACGGUGACGUGCAGACCCUUGCUAAGAUUGACCCGAGCAACACCACCCAGUACAAGUACCCUUCCAUGGUAUCCACUCAUCCUGCGAUGCUCCAAGCGAACCCUCCACCGCCUCUUUCAACAGUGCUGAUGUUUGGAGACACAGGUCUUCACUGCUGCACUUCUACUGCCCGCUCCUCCACAGCACCUGGAAACUUCAUCUUUGGAGAGCAACAGAUUGCUCUCAGCGGUCUUGCGCCCCGAGAAGACAUGAUUCUGCUCCUGCGCUUCUACCUCCGGCCUGUAGGGAGCAGUGUGCCCUUCAGCGGGCUGGUCAAACAGAGAGAGAGCCCUCCAUGGGAACUGGAGGACCUUGUGGGGAACCUGGCUGAGAUGGGGGAGUUCCUGUCAGAGACAAACUCCAGGCCAGACUACGAUUUCCUGGAACACCGGCACCCAUUCCGUGCCCCUGUGUGCGUUGAGGGGGCCUUGAACCUGCCCUGGGCGGCGUUUACCCUGGGGCUCUGCUCUCUCAGCCCCCCUGGAGCCUUUUACCAGGGGGUGCGCUGGGCGACCUACGACCCGCCACUACCCCUCCUGGACCUGGACCCCAGCAGCAGCACGUGCGCUCCCCGGUGGAGGGAUGGCUGCAAGUCCUUCAGUGAACGAGUGUCCCACCAACACUUCAUCGCCAUCAUCCACCUCCACGCGGUGUCUGCGGUCAGCUUCCAGGACCGCUCGGACCCACAGAGCUCCGGAGAGGAGCAGGGAGACGGCCUGUCCUUCAGUCUGGAGGACCAGUGUUGGGCCGCAGCCCCAGUCUCGCCUGAGGGGGAGGGCCAGAUCAGGCACCACCAGCUCCCUCUCUACCAGGGAGCACCAUCACAGAACACAGACAUUUCCCAGCUACCAGUGGACCAGUUAGCCUCCUACACCCCUCAGCCCACUCCCCCCAAGGUCCCCUCCACACCUCUUCCUGAUGAAACCCUCACCAGCCAACUGGCAGCUCGCUGGUGUAUCAAAGUCUAG